CCCCGCGCCGCGGCUGCCCUGACCCGGCCGCGACCUCCCUCCGCGCACCCCUCCGCCCCGGCUUCUGGGGUGUUCCCCAACCACGGCCCAGCCCCGCCACACACCCCGCCCCCGGCCUCCACAGCUCGGCAUGGGCGCGGGGGCGCUCGUCCUGGGCGCCUCCGAGCCCUGCAACCUGUCCUCCGCCGCGCCGCUCCCCGACGGCGCGGCCACGGCGGCGCGACUGCUGGUGCCCGCGUCGCCGCCCGCCUCUCUGCUGCCUCCGACCAGCGACGGCCCCGCGCCGCUGUCGCCGCAGUGGACGGCGGGCAUGGGCCUGCUGAUGGCGCUCAUCGUGCUGCUCACCGUGGCGGGCAACGUGCUGGUGAUCGUGGCCAUCGCCAAGACGCCGCGGCUGCAGACGCUCACCAACCUCUUCAUCAUGUCCCUGGCCAGCGCCGACCUGGUCAUGGGGCUGCUGGUGGUGCCGUUCGGGGCCACCAUCGUGGUGUGGGGCCGCUGGGAGUACGGCUCCUUCUUCUGCGAGCUCUGGACCUCAGUGGACGUGCUGUGCGUGACGGCAAGCAUCGAGACCUUGUGUGUCAUCGCCCUGGACCGCUACCUCGCCAUCACGUCGCCCUUCCGCUACCAGAGCCUGCUGACCCGCGCGCGGGCGCGGGCCCUCGUGUGCACCGUGUGGGCCAUCUCAGCCCUGGUGUCCUUCCUGCCCAUCCUCAUGCACUGGUGGCGGGCCGAGAGCGACGAGGCGCGCCGCUGCUACAACGACCCCAAGUGCUGCGAUUUCGUCACCAACCGGGCCUACGCCAUCGCUUCGUCCGUCGUCUCCUUCUACGUGCCCCUGUGCAUCAUGGCCUUCGUGUACCUGCGGGUGUUCCGCGAGGCCCAGAAGCAGGUGAAGAAGAUCGACAGCUGCGAGCGCCGCUUCCUCGGUGGCCCUGCGCGGCCGCCCUCGCCCGCGCCCGCGCCCGGCUCCCCGCGCCCCGCCGCCGCCCCGGUGGCCAACGGGCGCACCAGCAAGCGGCGGCCCUCGCGCCUCGUCGCCCUGCGCGAGCAGAAGGCGCUCAAGACCCUGGGCAUCAUCAUGGGCGUGUUCACGCUCUGCUGGCUGCCCUUCUUCCUGGCCAACGUGGUGAAGGCCUUCCACCGCGACCUGGUGCCCGACCGCCUCUUCGUCUUCUUCAACUGGCUGGGCUACGCCAACUCGGCCUUCAACCCCAUCAUCUACUGCCGCAGCCCCGACUUCCGCAAGGCCUUCCAGCGCCUGCUCUGCUGGGCGCGCCGGGCCGCCCGCAGGCGACGCGCAGCCCACGGCGACCGGCCGCGCGCCUCGGGCUGCCUGGCCGGGGCCGGGCCGCCGCCGUCGCCCGGGGCUGCCUCGGACGAAGACGACGACGACGACGUCGGGGCCACGCCGCCCGCGCGCCUGCUGGAGCCCUGGGCCGGCUGCAACGGCGGGGCCGUGGCGGACAGCGACUCGAGCCUGGACGAGCCGGGCCGCCCGGACUUCGCCUCGGAAUCCAAGGUGUAGGGCCCGGCGCGGGGCGCGCACGCCGGGCGCGGGUCCCACCGCCCCAGCGCGGACGCGGGCUCUGCGCCCCGGGAGAGGAUAGCCCCGGCGCCCUUGAACGGCUUCCCAGAGGAAAGAGAUCUGUGUUUACUCAAGACCAAAAGCAAAAAGCAGGUGAACACGAAGCCCACAAACCUCGUCUGAAUCAUCCAAGGCAAACAGAAAAGCUCCGGACCGUUGCACAAAAAGGAAAGUUUGGGGAGGGGUGGGAUUGCUGACUUCUCUUGGGUUCUUUUCUGUUUGUGGUUCGGCCUUUUUUUGUGUGUGCGUGUGUGAUGCAUCUUUAGAUUUUUCCCCCCAGGUGUUUUUUGACACUUUUUGCGAGGACCGGAGUGGAAAUGGGGGGCGGGGGGGCAGGGGAAGGGAGAAACAUCAGGAGAUAAAAGACCAUGAACUUGGCUUCCAUCUCUUUCCCCGGGAACAGCAGCAGUCUGCCAGAGGGGGGGGGGGGGGGGAGGAAUGACAGUUCGUCGGGACAUAUUUCCUUUUGCUUUCCAGAGAAAUUUCAUUUUAAUUUCUGAGUAGUGAUUUUGCCUGUUCUGAAAGCAAAGGGAAAGGAUGGAAGUAAAAAAGAAAAAUCACGUUUCAAGAAACUUUCUUUUCUUGGAACAAACCCCACCUUGCUCUCCUUUUGUAGGGCGAACCGGCUGCCCCCCACCCCGCCCCGCCCCGCGCCUCGGUGGUCAGGCUGAGGGGUUUCUACCUCACACUGUGCACAUUGCACAGCAAGACAGAAAGACUUGUUUAUAUUAAACAGCUAUUUAUGUAUCAAUAUUCGUUGGAAGGACCAGGCGCUGAGCCUCUCUCUGUGACAUGUGACUCUGUCAAUUGAAGACAGGACAUUGAAAAAAAAGAGGAAACAGUUCAGAUUACUGCACAUGUGGGUAGAAACAAAAAACAAAACAAACAAGGAGUGGUUCAAAAUGCCAUUUUUGCACAGUGUUAGGAAUUGUAAAGUCCAUAGAAGAUGUUACUUGCACAAAAAGAAAUACAAUAUUUUUUAAAGGGGGAGUAGGGGGUGGACAGAUCUUAAAAACUAAAAUAAAACUCAAAUUCUAUUCCUGUUGUCUAUUAUGUUACUGAGCUAAUGAUUUAUUGGGAAAAUACCUUUUUAUACUCUUUUAUCAUGGUACUGUAACUGUAUCCAUAUUAUAAAUAUAAUUAUCUUAAGGAUUUUUUAUUAUUUUUUUAUGUCCAAGUGCCCACGUGAAUCUGAUAAAAAUUAGCACUUGUGUGUACAUUCUAUCUCCUCUUGUGUGUUUUACCAAGUAUUUAUACUCUGGUGCAACUAACUACUGUGUGAAGAAUUGGUCCAUGUGCAAUAAAUACCAAUGAAGCACAAUCAAGAUUAUGUACCGUGUGUCUGUAAGGGGUCAGUGAUAAUGAAAAAAACAGUUUUGUUCAAAAUAUAGGCUGGAUUUCCCAUAGAGCUCUUUUAAUAGCUUUUCAUGACUCAGUAACAUAGCAAAAUGCCUCUAACCAAAUAAGGCGUUCACCUACCGAGAGCUACAGAUUUGCCCUCAAUUUUCACAGCCGGAUUCAAGGUAUCCUAGACUACUUGUAGACACUUUCAAGAUCCCAUCUGCUGCACUUGACUUAAGAAGUGACAUUUGGGAUUGUAUAUCUUCUAAAAAGAAAAAAAAAAGGGGGAUCAGGCCAUGUAACUCAGCUGCAACUUUUCAGAGAAACACAGGAAAGAAGACUAACUCAUUGAAUAAUCAGUUGCCUACUUGGAAUGCGAAACCACAACUGAAGAAAAUAAUCUUCUUCUCAAACAUCGGAUUAAAAAACCUGUUUGCUAUGUGCUGAGCAAAAGUGGUUGAUUAAUGAUUCUUAACCCACGGCUACUUUGAGAAAAGUAAGUCAAUUUGGAAAACUACUCAAUUCUAAAGUUUUGUGUUGAGCUGUAAAUGCUAAAAGCAACUAUCCAGAUUAUUCUCUUUUUCUUGGAAUAGCCAUUUAGAGAUGAAAAGUGCCAGGAGCAACAGGAGUUUGUAUUUUUGCUUGCUUCUCCUUUGUGGCUUACAGGGUAUCGAGUUUCUUUUUGCCCAACAGUAAUAAACAGUGACAAAUCUACAGGAACUUUAGUGGCUUAAAAUAUCUCUUAUGUUAACUGCAGAAACUCACCUGCAAUCUUGAAGUCCUUGUUAAAAAUGCUCUUGAAGAGUAAACAUUAAUAGAUGUUCCAAUAACAUUUUCUGCACUCCAGGGAUUUUUUAAAACCAUUAUAGAUAACAUUUUAGUAAGAUGCUCUUUUUAAAGAACUCAUUGUGCUUAAAUGAUUCUGUGAUCAAUUCUGAGAUAAUGCUUUUUUCUUUUCUUUUCUUAAAAUAGGCAUACCUAAAUAACAGAAAAAUAACAGACUCUUCAGCAUGGGAAAGAUCUUGAUAUGUCUAGUAGACAAGACCCCAGUCCUCACGCAGGGUUAUAUAGCUAAGUCAGCGCAGAUCACCAAGUCUGAUGAGAUUUAAUUUGAUAUUUAAAGACCUGAUCUACCACUGAAUAACCUAUGUUAUCAGCAAAUGUUUCCUUUAUAGCAAACCCAAAUCCUUCCUGCUGUUUUAACUCACGAUUGAUCUCAGCGGAAUCUGGAAAUUGAUGACUAAGCCACUAUUUUGUAUAAAAAUCCUCUUGAUGGUGUGUGAAUAUGAAAACAGUGACCCUGCCCCUCCCCCCAGCUUUCUAUGCACUAUGUAAUUCCAUUUGCUCUAUGAACAACUUCAAAUUGUUAAAUUCGAUAACUGGUCUGGUAGCAUCAAUAUAUCAUCAUUCUUGGAAUCAUGCUAGUAAUUUUCUUCAAUAUCACCACAGCCACAAAACUUUGAAGAUCAAAAAAAAAAAAAAAAA